AUGGAGGACCUUGACGUCAACGAUUUCCCACCCAUAGGCCAAGGGACGCCUUCUACCGCCUCGAGCCGUCGGACAUCGUCCAAUUCGCCCACAACGGCAUCUCCCGCAAUCAGCCUCGGCGAGUGUGCACCUACACCAUCCACACAACAUACAUCCUCUGCUGUCGCCGCUGGUAUCCUGCGGAACACGCCUCCUCCGCCUCUCCCUCCCGCGGCACCUCUCCCGCCCUCCGCCGCCCUCCGCUCGCUCCUGCACACGCGGCUGACCGUGACGCUCACCGACGGCCGCGUCCUCUUCGGCACGCUGCUGGUCAUUGACGCCGCGGCGUCGCUGCUGCUCACCAACGUCCGUGAACGCCGCAUCCUGCCGCAAACGCCCGUCGGGCUCAAUGUGGCGCAGUACUAUCCGUGGUCGAGGGAGAACGUCAACGGCAACGGCGAGGCGGACUCUGCCGAGGAGCGGCCGGGCCAGGUGCGGUUCCGCGAGCUCAGCAGUGUCCUGAUCCCGAUGAAGGAGGUGGUAGGCGUGGAGAUUGGCGAGGGGGAUGCAGAGUCCUGGGGGAGGUUCUCGGGGGUAGUGUUUGACGGCGGUAAGGCGUUGCCGCCGGUGGUGGUGGGAGACAAGGAGGCUGGAGUGGGUGAGGAAGGACGCAAGGUGGACGACGAGGGGCAGGGGCACGUCCAUGUCAUGGCAUGGUAG